CACUUUGAAUUUUUGUAUUAUUCAUCAAUACAUUAUGAAGAUCGCAGAGAAUUUUAAAGGAACUUAUAAUUUUUAACAAAGAAGCCACAUCGUCUGUAGCUAAUUUCCAUUACAUACUGAAGUCAACUUUUAAAACAAUCAAUGUGAAGAAAGGAGGACUGGACCACUACUUUAUCUUAGCUUGUGAUUCCAUCUACAGUCCAUAUUAAUCACAAAAUUUUAACUCUAAUCUUCCAAUUCCAUGUCACGUGAAUAGCUCAUUAGUUAUUAUUUAUGACUUCAAUGGUCCUCAUUUGAUGUAAUUGUUGAAUCAGUCAAACACUUUACGCGGUUAACAUAUGGAAAUCUUUCCCAAAGUUGAUCUGAUCAAAAAAAGUCUACCUACAUUAUCCAGUUGUCAUUAUUCCAGUUGAUAUCAUCAUAAUAAAGGUGGUACUAAUAUUGUCAAUUGUCAAACAUAAUGAAUGAUAUUAUGGUACAGUUACAUACAACUGGUUAGCGUAAAGGUGAGGAUUGGCAAAGUAAGGGCCGCAUUCCUACAAUUGAAGAACAUAUGGAACUCAAAACAACUUUCAACUAAUAUCAAAGUCAGAAUCUUCAAUACGAACAUCAAAACAUUUCUCUGUAGGGAGUUGAAACAUGGAGAACUACAACAACCAUCAUCAAGAAGGUACAAGUAUUUAUGAAUAGGUAUCUACGCAAGAUACUCAACAUCCAUUCACCGGAUAUCAUCAGCAACAGCCUUCUGUGGGAGAGAACAAAUCAGCUUCCAGCUGAAGAGGAAAUUAGGAAAAGAUUAUGGAAAUGGAUAGGAUAUACAUUACGCAAAUCAUCAGACCGCAUCAUGAGGCAAGCCCUUACUUGGAAUCCUGAAGGGAAGGGGAAAAGAGGAAGGCCAAAUGACACAUUACGUCGGGAAAUAGAAUCAGAUAUAAAAAGGAUGAAUAACAACUGGAAAAAGCUGGGAAGGAUUGCCCAAGACAGGGUUUGGAUGGAGAGUGCUGGUAGGCAACCUAUGCUCCUCCACUAGGAAUAACAGGCGUAAAUGGUGGUUGGAGGUAGUCAACAGGAAACUCUGGACCCGGGUUUUGUGCUACUCGGCACUCAUCAGCAAGGUGUACUUGUAAUCUUAAGGGAACUGGUGCACUAGGAGGGACUUGAUACACAUGACAGUGAUCACCAUUCAGUGGUCAAUCAAUUGUGAUUACACCUUAUUAUUGAUUUUAUUAAUUUGACUAACUUAAUAUUCAUAUUGUGAUAAUCCCUAUUGCUUAAACUCUCUGAUGCUUUGUUGUUUCAAAUUAUGGAUCAGUUCGUAUUUAUAUCGAUCUGUAUAUUGUUAGUAACUGAC